AUGACCAUCUCUAACACGGAAAACAAGUUCACAGUUAUCGGCUGUAACAGUUAUGCUUACAUUCGAGGUCAAAUCGAUAAUCGCAAGUAUGAAACCGGGUGCAUUUCGUUAUGUGAGAAUAUUAGCUAUGUGGACGAGGGAUCUUGCACAGGCACGGGGUGUUGCCAGAUAGAUAUUCCUAAAGGGCUAAAAAAAAUCAAUUAUACUGCAUAUAGCUUUAACAAUGGGAGUCAGACUAAUAUUACGGAAAUCAAACGAUGCACCUAUGCGUUUGUUGCUGAACAAAGCAAGUUCAAAUUCAAACCCAGUUAUAUUUUUGAUAAUUUAACAGAAAACUUUCCUAUGGUGCUUGAUUGGGCUAUAACUGGGAAUGCCGAACGUGAAGAAUGCAAAGAAAACGCAGUGCGUAUCAACACUACAGAGGAUGGUUCCGCGUAUCGUUGCAAGUGCGAAACGGGUUACCAAGGGAAUCCAUACCUUUCCAAUAGUUGCCAAACAUUAAUGAAUGCGACUAUCCAUAUCGCCAUAACUGUACAAAUCGUCAAUCAUGUGAAAAUAACGAAGGGGGUUUUAAAUGCAUUUGCCAGGAGGGUUUCAAAUGCUUCAAAUGUAGGUGUUGGCAUAUUUUUUGUGGUUCUGCUUGUGAGUAGCACUUGGCUCUACUUGGUUUUGAAGAACAGAAAGCUCAUCAAACUUAAAGAAAAGUUCUUUCAGCAAAAUGGUGGCUUUCUUUUACAGCAGCAACUCUCCAAACGAAGUGGAUCUUCCGAAACAGCAAAAAUCUUUACUGCAGAAGAUCUCAAAAAGGCUACCAACAACUAUGAUGAGAGUAGAAUCAUUGGCCGGGGCGGUUUUGGCACAGUAUAUAAAGGUUUUUUAACAGAUAAUACCCCAGUUGCCAUAAAAAUGUCCAAAACAAUAGAUGAAAGCCAAAUUGAGCAAUUUGUUAAUGAGUUGGUUGUGCUCUCACAAAUCAACCAUAGAAAUGUGGUCAGGCUUUUGGGUUGUUGUUUGGAGACUGAAGUCCCCUUACUAGUUUACGAAUUCGUGAGCAAUGGCACGCUCUUUGAGCACAUUCACGAUAAAGACAAGGCACCCACAAUUUCAUGGGAAAUACGUCUAAGAAUAGCAGCAGAAACAGCAGGAGUGCUAUCCUAUUUACACUCAGCUGCUGCUACUCCAAUUAUACAUAGAGAUGUCAAGUCCACCAAUAUACUUUUAGACCAUAACUUCACAGCCAAAGUAUCUGAUUUCGGAGCGUCAAAGUUGGUUCCAAUUGAUGAAACUCAAUUAUCCACAAUGGUUCAGGGAACUCUUGGGUACUUAGACCCUGAAUACUUGCAUACUAGCCAACUGACUGAGAAAAGUGAUGUGUACAGUUUUGGAGUUGUCCUUGCAGAGCUAUUGACAGGAAAGAAGGCACUUUUGUUUGACAGGCCAGAGGAGCAGAGAAGCCUGGUUAUGUAUUUUCUUACUUCAUUGCAAGAGGGUUGUUUAUUUGAAAUUCUGGAGAAUUAUAUCGUGAACGAUGGAAAUGAAGAGCAGCUCAAGGAGGUGGCUGAGCUCGCUAAAAUAUGCUUAAAAGUGAAGGGAGAGGAGAGGCCUACAAUGAGGGAGGUAGCAAUGGAAUUAGAUGGAUUAAGAAUGAUGCAUAAACAUUCGUGGGUUAAUACCGAAUUGAAUCCAGAGGAGACAGAGCACUUGCUCCGUGAUACCUCAGAUGUUUAUAAAUGUGCCGAUGGUAGCAGCACAAGUGCCGGCUAUGACAGUAUCAAAGACCAUGUACUGGUGGUGUUCGACGAUGGGAGAUGAUUAUUGGUGCAUGUUUUUAGUGAUUCUGCAUCUUUUGCUGCGGACUUCAUCAGAACAUUAGCAGGAACUGAAUUUCCUUCUGUUAAAACUCCAAUAGUUUGUCAAUAGGUUUAGCAACAUGUCAUCUGCAAGUCAUGUUAUAUUGUGAUUAUUGAUUUUAUAACUCCCUUGUAUUACAUAUGAAAUUCUCCCAAUC